CAUCAAAAUGCAAGGAUGGACAGUUAUCACAUCAACCAAUGUGAACAUUACAAACCAUACGAACUCACCAGGACUCCUUCGAUUAUACAUAAGGCUAAUGGAAUCGUAGAUAUCUUUUGAUCCGUUUUCGAUACAAAUCAAUAUUAUUUUUGUCUUUUUGAUUACAGAAAUGUUUGAAGAUUUGCUGGAUUAUAAAGAAGCGAAUUUACAUGAAAGAAACUCAAAGGAAGACGAUAUAUACCAUGCGCUGAUAAGGUAUGCUCACUACUAUCCAAACAAAGAAGACGAAGUCAUCGAAAUACUUAAAUUAAUCCAGACUCAAGACGAAACAAAGCAGAACGGAACCAAAGCUGAUGUUGAAAAUGCAGAUAGCACCAACGACAUUUCGAAGACAGUGAAGCAUGCUGAUAAAAUCACACUAGAAGACCAAACCAAAGACACGUCGAAAGAACCGAAGCCUGGCAUUCUCUGGAGUAUGAAAAAUGACUCGGGUCUGAAUCCUUUAGAGCUAGCGACAAAGAGUGGUCUUUGUAAAAUAUUUGGGACGAUAUACAACUCGGAGCCGUACUUUAUUGAGCACGGAAACGAUGGCUUGAACGAUAUUAAAACGUAUGAUAUCACGGACUUGGACCCUGUUGUAACAAGCGAUGCUUGUAACGAAUUCGCAGAUUCAGGAUCCAUCCUGCAGUUCCUUUUCCAAAUUCACCCUUCGCUGGCAUUCCCAUUCAUGCGCACGCCUCAGGUCAGCAAAAUUAUUGAGGAGAAAUGGAGAAAUGGAAAUACUACAAGUAUUUCGCACUGA